UAAGCCUGGCGCAGUUAGUGCGGUGACGGAGCCCGAGACGCUCGUGGCAGGCAUGGCUAUGGGAUGGGAGGCCGUAACUCCGGCGUCGGAGCUCCAGAGCCUGAGCCUGCAUAGGAAAACGAUUAAAACAGCGGUUUCUAUGGAGUUCUAAGUCGCACUAAAUGUCUAUUGGGAGGAUGAGUAGUCUUCGUGUCAGAGGUCAGAAGGUCGUGUUGCCUGAAGGGGUCGUGGCUCCAGCCAUCAUAGAAAUCAAAGAUGGAGUCAUACAGGCCAUUCACCGUUCAGAUUUGGAUCAGGUGCCCUGGAAUCAAGACAGAGAUAUAGAUGCAGGCCAAAAUUUGGUAAUGCCAGGAGUUGUGGACAGUCAUGUACAUGUCAAUGAACCUGGUCGAACCCUGUGGGAAGGGUACAGGACUGCCACUAGAGCUGCAGCAGCUGGUGGAGUCACUACCAUCGUUGACAUGCCACUGAAUAGCAUUCCACCCACAACGACAUUAAACGCAUUCCAUGAGAAGAUGUCACAUGCCAAGGCUUCAUCCUAUGUGGAUGUUGCAUUCUGGGGAGGAGUUGUGCCCCAAAACCAGUUUGACCUACGACCCAUGAUCCAGGCCGGUAUAGCUGGGUUCAAAUGCUUUCUCAUUCACAGCGGAGUGGAUGAGUUCCCUCAUGUUACCGAGGAAGAUCUUCAUGAGGCCAUGAAACAACUCAAGGGUACUAACAGCGUUCUUCUGUUCCAUGCUGAGAUGGAGAUACCGAUCUCUGAGCAAGCCCCAGAGGUGGACACGUCAGCUGAGUAUAACGACUUCCUAAACUCCAGACCUAAACAGAUGGAGAACAAGGCAAUAGAACUGGUGGCUAAGAUGUGCCUACAAUACAGGGUACCAUGUCAUAUCGUCCAUCUCUCCUCUGCCGAUGCUCUCCCUAUUAUCCGCGAUGCCCGUCGCCAGGGCGCCCCACUCACCGUAGAGACCUGUCAUCAUUACCUCUCUCUCAACGCAGAGGAUGUACCGCAGGGAGGAACCCAUUUCAAAUGCUGUCCUCCAAUCAGGGACAAGAACAACCAGGUUGUGUUGUGGGAAGCCCUCAAGAAUGGCGACAUUGACAUGGUGGUAUCGGACCAUUCUCCAUGCACUCCAGAACUCAAGCUUCUUGAACAAGGAGACUUCAUGAAGGCCUGGGGCGGAAUUUCUUCCAUGCAGUUUGGUCUAUCACUGUUCUGGACGGGAGCUCAACAGCAAGGAAUGGGACUCCAUGAUAUGGUCAGGUUAAUGUGUGAGCGGACAGCAAAACUAGCAGGAGUCUCCCAUCGCAAGGGCUCCCUCGCUGUCGGCAUGGACGGAGACAUUGUUAUUUGGGAUCCUGAUGCAUGCAUCACGAUCCAGCCUGAAAACAUUCACCACAGACACAAGGUGACCCCCUACAGUGGCCUGACCCUUAAAGGAGCUGUACAGGUCACCAUAGUGAGAGGUCAGGUCGUCUACAAACAGGGUACCUUCAGCGAAACUCAUAAAGGAUCACUUAUUAUGUGCGACCCAAGCCGAAAGAGAGAGUCCUUAACACCAAAUGCCCACCUCUGAACAAAUUUAUUGUAUGACCAGGGGGGUGUUUCAUAAAGCUGUUCGUAAAGUUAUGCAUGACUUUACGAACGACUUGUAUAUGAAAAGCCAAAUAGGAUGCUCAAUCAUUAUUGAUUAUUAUUUAUUAAGUUGAACUGUGCAGAUGUAGAUUAACAUUCUUAUUAUAACAACCAUUUUUAAGUAUAUUUUUUGCCAUAAUUUAGUUUAUUGGAAAUUUCAGAACAUUUUUUGGGCAUCCUAUCUGGCACUUCAUAUACAAGUCGUUCAUAAAGUCAUGCAUAACUUUACGAACUGGGGUGUUUCACAAAG